AUUAAUUCAUAAAAUUACAAAUCAUCAAGAAAGAAAUUGAAAAUUUCAAAAAUCGGAAAUCACUUGGUAAAACUUACGUAGUACUCUGAAUCCAACCUCUCUUUUUUCGCUGGUCAGCGUAUUAUAAACAACUUGUGCAAAAAUGGGGAAGAGAAAUAAUAUGAUCCCGAAUGGCCAUUUCCACAAGGAUUGGCAACGCUUCGUAAAGACCUGGUUCAACCAACCAGCAAGGAAAUUCCGCAGAAGGGAAAACAGAGUUAAGAAAGCACGUUCCCUUGCCCCAAGACCAACACAACUUUUGAGGCCAGUGGUUCACUGCCCAACUAUCAGGUACCACUCGAAAGUUCGAGCUGGAAAAGGAUUCACUCUUGCCGAAUUGAAAGCAAGUGGUUUGAAUAAACAUUUCGCAAGAACCAUUGGCAUUGCAGUUGAUUCAAGACGAAGAAACAAAUCCGUCGAAUCUCUGCAAAAGAAUGCUCAGAGGCUUAAGGAAUAUAGAGCCAAAUUGAUUCUCUUCCCAUUGAAUGAGAAGAAGCCCAAGAAGGGAGAAGCUACCGAAGAAGAGCAGAAGGUAGCCGUUCAAUUUAAGGGACAAAUUAUGCCAUUCAAACAUCAAGCCCCAGCUAAGGCUAAAGCCAGCGUAUUGUCAGAUGAGGAUAAGAAAUUCUCAGCUUAUGUUACGCUUCGCAAAGCUAGAGCAGAUGCACGGUUAGUUGGAAUUCGAGCAAAACGCGCGAAGGAUGCUUCUGAAAAUCCCGAUGAUGUCACGAAAGUUGCAGCAACGAAGGAGAAGAAAGCCAAGAAGUAAACACCUUUAACAUUGUCAUCUUUCUAUUAAAAUAAUAAACAGAAAAUUCCAACAAA